AUGAAGAGAGGUGCUUUGGUACCAUAUGGCAGCUCAGACGAGGAGGAAUCUGCGGCAAGCGCACCGCCACCGAAGAAGAGGAGACUGCCGGAACUGCAAGCUUCGUUGCUUCCCCAGGUUCCAGCGGAUAACUCUGCUUUGCAUCAGGGUCGGAUGCGCACUACGCCCCACAUUGAGGGCCAAUUCGCCGCGUAUGUCUAUGUUCCCCUGGUUUUGGAACGCAGUUCCGCGCUGUACAAACUUCUCUUGAAGGCGUACACACUCGCACAGAAUAUCGUGCCUCCGCUGCAUCCCAUUGGUAUCUUUAACGACACGGAUCCGAGCGAUGGCGCAAAACCCAGAGCUACACAUGAGCUUCAUGUUUCACUCACCCGGCCUACAUACCUGAGCGCGCACCAACGUGAUGAAUUUAAACGUGCAGUGAAAAGCAUGACUAGAGCCCAUUCGGAAUUCACCGCAUCAUUUUCGAUGUUCGCAGAACUCACGAACGAUGAGCGCACGAGGAUCUUCCUCACCCUCGAAAUUGGUGCUGGGCAUGCGGAGCUCAAAGCACUCUCAGACACAUUGGUACCAGCGCUGCGUUCAAUUCGGCAGAAAGAGUUCUACGCAGAUCCACGCUUCCACGCCUCAAUCGCAUGGGCGCUGCUCGACCGUUCGCCGUCCACUCCAGCACCAGCGCAGGAUUUUAGUUCCGACAUUCAAAGUUCCACUUCAUCUACAUACCCUCUUUCUACCUCAGAGCCCACAAGUCCCUCCGAGCCCGUAACGCCGCUCCGCGGUAGCCAAGGCUCAACAAUGCCGCAGUUCCCCACAAUACCCGACUUCCCUCCUACACUGGUGGAAAGUCUCAACCGUGAGUUUGGCGGUACGCUUGUGUCACGGCAAGUCGGUAUGUUCCAGGUGGGAGAGGUUUGCGUCAGGAUAGGCAAGGAGGUCAGUAGGUGGGACUUAGUGGGCUGA